AAUAAUUUAGAAUUCCCCUUUAUAUAUCAUAGAUAGUCUGCAAAUCCUUCAUACCUCCACACACCACUAGAAUCAAGGGAAACAAGAGAUGGAAAGAGUUUCACUCAAGCUAUCUUGCUUCCUAGUGCUUUUCAUGGCUGCAUUUUCUUUGUUGCCAUCAAGUUUGAUGGCAAAAAUAUCUGUAGGACCAAACAAGGUUCAAAUGUUCAUGACUGGGCAGCUCUGCAAAUCUCACAGUGACUGCAGAACCAACACUGCUUACCCUAGCAACUUCUGUAUCAACAAGAUUUCUGGAUCUGAAAUUGGUCAUUGUGUUGGAUAUCAAUCCACUCUGGCUGUGCCAUCAGAAACGAAGGACGAGGAACGCAAGCCAAAAGUUGAUUCUUGUGGAAAGUGUAAAACUGACGCCGAUUGUCGGGAUUGCAAACCAACUGCUGGUUGUGAUUUUGCACUUUUACAUGGCUAUUGUGCGUGAUUAUAUCCGUCACCAUAAUAUUCCCAUUUCCCCAAUACUUAAAAAUUAAAUAGGGUUGCACCUUUGUUUAUGUAAUAUGUAUUGCAUGCAUGUUAAAUACUUAAAUCGUCUCUUAUAUAUUUAUAUAUAUUGCUAGCUAUCCUAGCCAGUGAGUAUUUCAGUAUUCAUGCGUA